AUGCCCCCCAUCUACACCUCGCUGGACGCAGCUCGGGCCGCCCGCAGCGGCACCUUCAUCACCGCCUGGCCGUCCGACGAGCCGUAUCUGCCGCCGCCACCUAUCGACCUGCUGACUCGCGAGAUGGCCGUGACCGUGACCGUGACCGUGACCGUGGCUCGCCUGCCCGGGGCGCCCUCGCGUCAGAAUCCGCCGCCGCGUCCGCCGCGUCCGCCGCACCCGCCGCACCCGCCGCAUCCCACGGCGUCGAGGAGGUCUUCUACUGACAGCUUGGCCCGGCCUCAUGCAGACUCCCUGCCUGCCAUCCUGAACCAACCCAUCGAUUGA